AUGUCUCGCAAAUACAGAGACUUUGGAGUGGCAGGCAGGGCAGAUUGUGGAACACGCAAGGUUGGCAUGGUUCAGAGUUUAGAAGCACAGACUAGAAGGUGUAGUGCAGGAAGCGAAGACGCCACGACAUGCGCGGUCGACUCAGGGGCCUCGUACUGGUCACUUUUUAGUGAAAGCAGCAUGGUGCGACAGUCGCGGGCAGCGCACACACUCCCGCCCCAGCACGAGGUGAGGAGAAGGUCCCGAGGAUGCGCCCAACGUGCGACGGUGCGAGAGCGUGCGCCUUUUCGAAAACGUCCGCUGCAAUGGUGA